CAGAUGUGGCGUUUGGGUCUGUUCUGCUUCCUCAUUGGAGCGUCCUAUGCUGCCGAGGUGUGUUUCAGUGAAUGGGGCUGCUUCACGGACCUGCCUCCUUGGGGAGGCACUGACCAGAGACCGGCUUCUUUCCUGCCCUGGAAGCCAGAAGACAUUGGGACCCGUUUCCUCCUCUUCACCCGGAAUAAUCGCUAUUACCAGGAGAUCAAGCCUGACAAAACCGUCCAGGCGUCAAACUACAACGGUCUGAGAAAAACCCGCUUCAUCAUUCAUGGCUAUUUGGAAAAAGAAGAUGAAGACUGGCCACAGGAAAUGUGCAGGGUGAUGGUGUCAUGGGAGAACGUGAACUGCAUCUCUGUGGAGUGGAAGACAGGUGUGAGGACUCGAUAUGUUCAGGCUGCCAAUAAUGCCAGGGUGGUGGGAGCACAGGCGGCAUCCAUGAUCUCAUUCCUCAUGAGGAACUUCAAGCAGAGUGCUGAUCAAUUCCAUAUUAUCGGACACAGCCUUGGAGCUCACGCUGCAGGGUAUGUUGGAAACAGGACCGUAGGCCUUGCACGAAUCACAGGACUGGACCCAACUGAACCAUACUUUCUUGACACUGACGCCUCUGUGCGCCUGGACACUAGCGACGCUGCCUUUGUGGAUGUCAUCCACACAGACGGACUUCCCUUCAACUCUAAACUGGGACUGGGGAUGUCACAGCCAAUGGGCCACAUUGACUUUUAUCCCAAUGGAGGAGAGCUGAUGCCUGGGUGCUCCACCAACAGAGGCAGUGCCUCAGAUCUGGACGCUGUCUGGGAAGGUACCAAGAAGUUUGAUGCUUGCAACCAUGUCCGAGCGUACCAGUACUACAGUGAAAGCAUCGUCAAAGCCCAAGGUUUUGUGGGAUUUCCCUGCCCUAAUAAGGACAGUUUUAUUGAUGGAAAGUGUUUCCCAUGUGAGAAUGGCAACUGUCCUGUGAUGGGCCACAAAGCUGACAGGUUCACAGUGACUGACGACAAUUCACAGACAAACUACUUCCUCAACACAGGCAGCGCAAAACCCUUCGGCCGUUACAGCUACAGAAUAACAGUAACGUUAGACGGUCCCAUCUGGCCUAACCCUGGUUACAUGUAUGUGGCACUCACUGGAGACAAUGACAGCGCCGAGGAGAUCCAGCUUCAUGUGGGAACACUGAUGCCCGGAAGGACUUAUGAGAAACUGAUCGAUGCUGAAGUGGAUGUGGGUGAAGUGACAGAGGUGAAGUUCCGGUGGAAAAAUCACAUCCUCAACCCCAUGAGACCCAAGUAUGGAGCAUCUGCAGUCAAACUGCAGAGAGGAAAAGACAAGAAGAUAUUCCUCUUCUGCGGAACAUAUAAUGUGAAUGAGGAUGUCGUCCAGUCUGUGCUUCCCUGUCCAGUGUAACCAGUUACAAUCUGUGUCUCUGUAUCAUUCAAUAAACAUGUUGCAUUCAUA